CGUUCAUGUCCCACCAUCCCAAGCAUCCAACGGAAUCCAGCCCACCAAAUAUAGCUGUCUACAGCAUCGCGGGGACACCAGUUCAAUCAGCGACAUCAUACACAACAACACCAUAACCGUCGCGCGCAUACCUACACUACGUUACCGCCUCCAUCGAUCGACAAACACGUCGUCGACACAAGCGUCAUCACCAGCAGCCAUGUCCAACCACCUACCAGCCGGAGCAGGCAACGGCGGCGGCGGCGGGCGUGCAGGAGAUUCCGGGCUCCGAUAUCCGUCGAACGGCAAGACGAUUUACCACCGGCCGCUCAACCGCACUAAGACGGCGGAGCUGAGCAAGGCGGCCUUUGCGUAUUUGUUUGCCGAGAUGGUGUCGUAUGCGCAGAGGAGGGUGACGGGCAUUCAGGAGUUGGAGAAACGCCUCAACCUCCAAGGCCACCCUAUCGGUCUCAAACUCCUCGACCUCCUCCUCUUCCGCGAACCUCCUCGCACGCAACUCCGUCCACUGAACAUCAUCGCCCUCCUACACUUUAUCAAAAUCAACGUCUGGACGCACCUCUUCGGGCGACAAGCCGACCGCCUCGAGAAAUCCUCCAACCCCGACACGCCGGACGAGUUCAUGAUUAUCGAUAACGAGCCGCUGGUGAAUGCGUAUAUCAGUGUGCCCAAGGAGAUGAGCCAGUUGAACUGUGCGGCGUUUGCGGCGGGGAUAAUAGAGGGGGUUUGUGAUGGUGCGGGGUUUCCGGCGAGGGUGACGGCGCAUACGGUUGGGGAUACCGGUGGGGGUGGGAGUAAUAAUGGGAGUGGAGGGACGGGAGCGGAUGGUGGGAGAGGGGAGGGAGGGGAGAUGUGGCCUGGUAGGACGGUGUUUUUGGUCAAGUUCCAGCCGGAGGUGUUGGAGCGGGAGGCCUUGAUUGGGGCUAAGAGUUGAUGAUGCGGAAAGGAGAUGGAAAAGGCAGGUUGGAAGGAAGGGAAAGGAUGCUGAAGGAGGCAUAUACUCUGUUUGGGGAUUUGGGAUCUGGGAUUGGGCAUUUAGCACGGCGUUUAAGCGGUCAUGAUGGCAUUGUUUGUGAAAAAUAUUAUUAGCACAGGUCUAAUGAAUGACUAGUUAAUACCAGAGGCGCAUUCUUCGAGGGAGCAGCAGAGUCAUCUUUCAC